AGAUAGGACAGUGUGAUGAAUGUGCGAGGAAGAGACAAUGGGAAUGCAAAACUCACCUGUUAUGCCUGCGGCCAGAAAGGCCACAAAGCUGCGGAGUGCAAGUCGAAUGGAGCGCAAAGAGAGCCGAGACAGUGGUGCAGCUUCUGUAAAAAUGCCACACACAAAGAUACGCACUGCCGACGGAGGAAACGAGACAAGGUGAAGCAAGCGGUGGAUGAGGAAGAUCACACAUUCGCAUUCAAGGUGCAGUUGGAUGCCAUCCCGGUUAAUGUGGUGAAGGCGAGAGGCCUCAUGGUCGACUCGGGAGCGACAAAGCAUAUCAUCACAGACAUCGAGCGAUUUGUGGAGUUUGACUCGAGUUUCAAGCCGCAAAGCCAUAUUUUGGAGUUGGCUGAUGGAGAGCGGACCAGUGGUAUUGCACUGAAGAAGGGCACCGCCAAAGUUCACACAAGAGACAGCAAAGGCCGCAAUGUGACGAUGUUACUGGAGGGGGCGCUCUACGUUCCAUCAUUCUCCCAGGACAUCUUCUCGGUCAAAGCGGCUACAUCAAAAGGAGCGACCAUCAUCUUCAAGGAAGGACAAAACCAGCUCAUCCAUAGAAAUGGUCGCAGGGUGUGUCUUGGAGAGAGUCUGGCUAAGAUGGAGCUCUUCCUCUUCUUCACCUCCCUUCUCCAACGCUUUCGUUUCACCCCUCCACCUGGAGUUUCAGUAGAAGAACUGAAUCUGACACCAGCAACAGGCUUUGUCCUCGCUCCUUCUCCACAUGAGCUGUGUGCUGUCAGUCUGCAAUGAGGAAGAGGAGCAAAGUGUGGCAUUAUUAUUGAUCUCUGCACCACUGAUCAGUUUGAUCACUACUUCAUUCAUUGCAAUGCAUAAAAGUGGAAAGAGUGACAUUAAAAUAGAUACUGAUAAGUUUUAACUGAACAUACAGAAAUGUAAGUGUAGAUUUAGAAUGUGAUGUUCAAUAACAGAUUAAUACAAUCCAGAAUCAAGCUAAACAUAACUUUCUAACUUGUAUGUUGGACAUGCUAACUUUGCAUAGUCAGCUGAACGCCACAUGGCUUCAUUACCCAAGUAUUUGUUACAAAGCCUGUUUUUGUCUUAGAAAUAAAGGAAGCAAACAAAAUUAUGUUGCACAAUUUAAAAAGCUGUGGAGCGAGUCUUUU